GCGGUGUCAGGGAGGUUGCAAACCGGCGAAAUACAACCAAAAUGAAGGCCUUAAAUUCAGUUUAUCGCACGGUGAACAGCUUAUGCAGCCGGCGAGGCGAGAGAGUGGCCGCGCUGGCCCGAUGCGGUUUGUGUGGCACUGCAACGUCAAACAGCAAGUUCCAGCCGGACUUUGGCCUGCUGUUUGACAUUGAUGGAGUGCUCGUCCGGGGAAAGACCCCCAUCCCUGCAGCGAAGAGGGCCUUUCAGAGACUGGUGGACUCCAGUGGCCAGUUUGUUGUCCCCGUCGUGUUUGUCACCAAUGCUGGGAACUGCCUUCGCCAGAAGAAGGCCGACCAGUUGUCCCAUAUUUUGGGAGUGCCUAUCUCCCAAGACCAAGUCAUGAUGUCCCAUAGUCCUCUGAGAAUGUUCAGGAAGUACCAUGACAAAUGCGUCCUCGUCUCUGGACAAGGCCCUGUCCUGGACAUCGCCAAGCACUUGGGCUUCAUGAAUGUGAUCAGCAUAGACAUGCUGCGUGAAACCUUUCCCCUGCUGGACAUGGUGGAUCACAACAGACGCCCCCGGCUACCGUCCUCUACCAUUGUGAACCUCCCCAAAAUUGAAGCUGUUAUCCUGUUUGGCGAGCCCAUCCGAUGGGAGACGAACCUGCAGCUAAUAGUGGAUGUGCUCCUGACCAAUGGGAGCCUGGGCAACCCCUAUGUGAACUCCUCGCCCAAUCACCUCCCUUUGCUGGCCUGCAACAUGGACCUCAUGUGGAUGGCCGAGGCGCCGUCUCCACGGUUUGGUCACGGCACCUUCCUGGUGUGUUUGGAGAACAUCUACAAGAAGGUUACAGGAAAGGACCUAAAGUACGAGGCCCUGAUGGGGAAGCCCAGUGAGCUGACCUACCACUUUGCCGAGUACCUGAUCCGGGAGCAGGCGGCAGAGCGAGGCUGGAGGACGCCCGUCAGAUCACUCUACGCCAUCGGGGACAACCUCAUGACCGACAUCUACGGUGCUAACCUCUACAACCGCUACCUCGAGGAACGGGCCAGUUGCAAGAGCGCCAAAACCAUGGCCAAGGCAGUGGCGGGCGCGGGCCCCUCUUCCACAACCACCACCACUGCCACCAGAGCCACCUCACAGGAAGUGGACUGUGGCUGGGAGAGUGAGCUGGCGUCACCCUCGGCCACCUCAUGCAAGUCCAUCCUGGUGUGCACGGGCGUCUACAAUCCGCACACCGAGGUGCCACCCGACGCUGGCCAGUCCAUCAAAGAGACGGUGUUCCACGGCCACCGCGACUUCCGUUUUGACCCAGCGCUCGUGGAGCCGGGACACAUCGUUCAGGACGUUGAGGCAGCCGUUGAGCUCAUCUUCCAGCAGGAGAAGCUUGGAACCCCCGUCUAGAGUUUAGUCUACAUAGGAUGAUAUUUAAGAAAGAUAGAGAAUGAAAAUACGAAAGACUGGACUGGGCAUUUGGGAGGAAAUAGACAUCAUUCUAGUCAGAUAAGUUUGCUGAUCAACUGUUUCAUUAGAUCAGUUUUUAUUCAUCAUAUACUCAGCAUCAGGGUCAUGCUGUCCUGGUUAACCCUGAAAAGGUACAUUUAUAGUGAAGUGGAACCUUCCAGAAAGUUCCCUGUGCAGGCUGUCGCCCUCACCCCAGUUGCACACUUUUACUGAUAGCCUUCAGAAGGUCUGAUCUGAUGGUGUUGUUGAUGUUAGCGGCUCAGUCUGGGUGGAUCUGGUCCUGAUCUGGCCUGCAUCUGGGCCCAAUCCACUGAGCUGCUAUGAGAGGAAAGAAAUGGACACAUGGAAUGAUGAUGUCACCACUUUCAGCCCCCCAGUAACCUCUCUAGAACACGCAGAUUGCUAACAUCUGCAUCGUCAGUCUCUGUUGUUGUUGUUGUUGUUGUUGUUGUUGUUGUUGUUUCUUAUUUGUUUUUUGUUUUUCUUUUUGCAUGUUUUUUAUCAAGGUGAGGCGCUGUGUAGGAAAACAGACUUGACAAAUACCCUGCGAUAGAACCACAUGGACACAGCUAGUGCUCUAUUUCUGUUCCAACUGCCAUGGAGACUGGUUAACUGCCAUGGAGACUGGUUUAAAGGCUUCACAAUCAUACUUAGGUCGUAAGAAUGGCAUCAGACACGCCAGUGGGUGCAUUUACAGGUGUCUUUCAGGUGGUGACUGCAACUUUGCUAAUAUUAUCACAUACCCGUAGGUCAGUACAACAUAGACAUCAGUGUUUUUUUUUUUUUGGCAGGUGUACUCACGAAGAGUCUUAGUCUUAUUUAAACUGUAAUUUAAGUUAACAAAUGAUGUUGUUCUUGUCUAAAUAAGUGCAAAAUAAUGGUUAAAUGUUACAUGUUCAGGUGUUGAGAGUGCGUGAGUAAUUGGGAAUAGCUUUGACUGCACUGACCAAGAAACUAUGAGAUGCACACAUUUUUUAAAGAUAUGGUUUUA